GAUUAAUAUAUACUUGAAACUUUAAAGAUUUUAUACAAUAUUAUAAAAAGAAGAAACGUUAGUAAAAAAAAUAAUUUGCUGAAAAGUUGAGGAGAAAAAAAUAGUAUAAUUGUCUCCGGAGAGAGAGAAAAGAAGAAGAAGGCUCCUUUGUCUCGGACAAACCAAAGGAAAACAAAAAUAAAAAUAAAGCUUGAAGCUUUCACACAAAGUCUCUCUAUCACGCAAGCCGCCUUAUUAUUAUUUUUUGUUCAGCGGUGGAUUCUUCAGAGAGAGAGACAAAGAAUCAAAGCCGGAAGUACGGAUAACUCGGCAUCUCCGGUGGAUUCUCAGCCGUUGGAUCAGAUCGGUGGGUUUUAUAGAAGAAGCGUGUGGGUUAAAUGAUUAGUGUGAUUUCUUGGGUAAUGAAGUCUUGAUUUUUUUUGUUUUUUUUGGGUUUUUAAAUCUUUUUGAAGAAGAGAGGUCAGAGAGAGUUAUCAGAAAAGUUUGGUGGCGGAAAGGGGAAAAAGAGGUUUUUACGAAAAGCAGAUUGACUGGUAGCUGAAGAGAGAGAGAGAGAGAGAGAGAGAGAGAGAGUAAACAGAGUAGGAGGAGAGAGAAAGAGCAGAUGAUAAACCCUAGAUUGAGCUAAGCUGAGAUUUGCUUCAUUUUCUGUGUCGAAUCUGUGAAAGGGGAAAAAAAAGCGAAGUUUGUUUCUGUAAUCAUGCCGGUUGAUUUAGAUAACUCCUCUACAGUUUCCGGCGAUGCAAGCGUCUCAUCGACCGGGAACCAAAAUCAAACUCCCAAAUCCGUCGGGAAGAAGAAACGGAAUCUUCCCGGAAUGCCUGAUCCAGACGCGGAAGUGAUAGCUCUGUCACCUAAGACACUCAUGGCGACGAAUCGAUUCGUCUGCGAAAUCUGUAACAAAGGUUUUCAACGUGACCAGAAUCUUCAGCUUCAUCGUCGUGGUCACAAUCUUCCAUGGAAACUUCGACAGAGAUCGAGUAAAGAAGUGAAGAAGAAGGUGUACGUUUGUCCAGUUGCAGGCUGUGUUCAUCAUGACCCGUCACGUGCUCUUGGAGAUCUCACUGGAAUCAAGAAACACUUUUGUCGGAAACACGGCGAGAAGAAAUGGAAGUGUGAGAAAUGUUCAAAGAAGUAUGCUGUUCAAUCAGAUUGGAAAGCUCAUUCGAAGAUUUGUGGCACCAAGGAGUAUAAAUGCGACUGUGGAACUCUGUUUUCCAGGAGAGAUAGCUUUAUAACGCACAGAGCUUUCUGUGAUGCGUUGGCUGAAGAGAGUGCGAAGAAUCAUACUCAAAGCAAGAAACUUUAUCCAGAAACUGUCACAAGGAAGAACCCAGAACCUGAGCAGAAAUCUCCAGCAGUUGUUGAAUCUCCUCCGUCGCUACAGGCUUCUUCUCCGCCGUCGGUUGCUAUAGCUCCGGCGCCGGCUAUUUCGGUCGAGUCUGAGCCUGCCAAAGUCAUAUCUUCCUCGGUUUUGCCGAAUCAGGAUUCUCCAGAAUCUCCAGGAAGCAACCCUCCUGAAGUCAUCGUCGAGGAAGCUUCAAGAACAAUCGGUUUCAAUGUGAGCUCAUCGGGUUUAAGCAACGAUCACAGUAACAAUAAUGGUGCAUACUCGGGCUUGUUUGUAUCAUCAACUGCUUCGCCUAGUUUAUAUGCUUCCUCAACCGCUUCUCCAAGUUUGUACGCACCAUCUUCCUCCAUCGAACCCAUCUCUCUGUGUCUCUCGACGAACCCGUCUUUGUUCGGACGGACAAUACAAGAUCCGCCACAUUUCCUAACUCCUCUUCCUCCUCAACCGGCGAUGUCAGCUACGGCAUUGCUCCAAAAAGCUGCCCAAAUGGGUUCCACGGGAUCAGGAGGGUCGUUGCUUCGCGGGUUAGGCAUAGUUUCAACUACUUCUUCAUCUAUGGAACUCAGCAAUAACGAUGCGUUGUCCCUAGCUCCUGGUCUCGGGCUAGGACUACCUUGUAGCAGCGGUGGUAGCGGAUCAGGUCUAAAAGAGCUCAUGAUGGGGAAUUCAUCGGUGUUUGGUCCAAAACAGACAACACUUGACUUUCUCGGAUUAGGAAGAGCUGUUGGUAAUGGUAGUAAUCCUGGAGGCGGAUUGUCUGCCCUGUUAACUUCUAUAGGUGGGAGCGGCGGAAUCGAUGUGUUUGGAUCAGGGGAGUUUUCAGGCAAAGACAUUGGUAGAAGUUCGUAAGAGGGACAAAGGCAGGCAUGAAUGAACGUAGAGGAACAGUGUAGUAUAUAGUUAUAGUUAAUAUUAAGUUUGUAUCAGGUUUAGAUCUUUUGGUAUCUUGUUUUAGUGCAAAAGCUCUUAGUUUAUUGCCCAAGUGGGUUUUGUCUCAAGUACAUAAAGCUUCUGGCAACAACAACAACAAAAAUAUAUUGUUUCUCUUUGUGGUUGGUUGUUUGUUUAUAACUCUCGCACGAUGUACUUUUGAGGUCGAAUCUGAAUUCAAGUUGUGCAUGA